AUGAUCCUCAAACUGCUCGAGGCCAUCUCGGGUAAUAAGAGCGCCGUGUCUGACCUUCGUCUGGCCAAUCAGCGCCAACGUAUCCUUGGAGUCAAGAUGGAACAGGAGAUCACGGCUCUCGUUCUGCAGAAUCCUCGCAUCAUCAACCUUGGUCUGGACUUUGACACUGCUGAGGCCCGCGUACGCGUGAGAGACCACUUAAAGAACACAAUGGACAAGAACAAACGACAGGUCCGUAUCGGCGCCAAAGCCUAA